GGGAGCGCUUCCUGGUGGCUGAAACCUGUGAUGAAUACGUGAAUCAUGCCUCGCAAAAACGAGCUUUCGGAAGCUUUACGAUCGCAAAUAGUUGAUUUGCACAAAGCUGGAAAAGGUUAUAAAAUAAUCGCACGCACUUUGGAUAUCCAUCGCUCCACAGUUAGGAAAAUUGUGUAUAAAUGGAAGCGAUUCAGUACUGUGGCGACUCUGCCGAGAAGUGGGCGUCCUACAAAGACGUCUGCAAAGACAAAGAUCAGCGAGGCUGGUCAUGGCUCUACUGAGCCAAAAGACAACAGAGGAGGAGAUUCACAUCAUAAAAAGUUAAAAAUCCAGGGAGACUGUAAAGCUGUCCGCAGUGAUGCACAGAUUAUAUAUUCCUGCUCAUCUGAUACUGAAGCUACAGAUGAGGAUCCUGUGGCUGAUCGUGCAUCUGCUGGACCACAAGAUAACAGACGAGGGGGUGCAGGCCUUAAAAUGCAGCAAGGAGAAGCUGCUGCUGCUGUUUCAUCUGAUGACGAGACUACAGAACAAAGAGACUUUAACACCAUCCGCAACGAUGAAGAGAUUAUUUAUUCCUACUCAACGGAUACUGAAGCAACAGAUGAUGAGACUGUGGCUGAUCAUGCAUCUGCUGGACCAUCAGAUAAGAGAAGAAGCAGUUCAGGCCAUAAAAUGCUUAUUGUGAGAGAUAACACAGUCUACAAUGAUGGGAACACAGAUUCUUACUCAUCUGAUGAAGAUGAGGAUGAAGAUCCUACGGCCAGUCAUCUGUCAGCUGGGAUAAUGGAGUCCAGUGGAGGAGAUCCAGACUAUGAAAUGCACCAAGGAGAGACUAGCUCUGCUUCAUCGGAUGAUGAAACUACAGAAGAUCCAACCGAGCAGGUCUUCAAUGGAGAGAAGAAGAUAUAUGCCGGUUCUUCAGUCACAAUGGGAGCCCUCCUUCUGCUUCUCCUGGCAUUCAUCAUGAGACACGGCCUGUCAAAAGCAGCAACCAAAGAUCUCCUGCAGCUCCUAAACUUCAUCGUACCUGGAUGUGUUCCAAAGUCGCUGCGUUUUUUAAAGAAGCAUUCGACUGAUUACAAUGGCAAGACAGAGAUUCACUUUUAUUGCCCCAGGUGUACAAACUACCUUGGUGUGGAUCCUGGUCAUGAGUGUGGGGUGUGCCAGCAGAGCUUGAACAGAAAAGGGCUCAUUUUGAAAGCUUACUACUUCCUAGUUAUGCCACUUGAAAUUCAGCUAAGAAACCUCCUUGCACGAGUCCACUCAAAGCUUGGGAAUCAUUUCACCAGGGACGCUUCCUUUUCUGAUGUCACCACUGGAAAUGACUACAAGAGUGAAAGACAAGAUGGCAGUAUUACACUCACCUUCAAUUGUGAUGGCUCCCCUGUGUUCCGCUCAUCAAAGUACUCAAUCUGGCCCAUCCUGUGUACCAUCAAUGAGCUGCCAUAUGUGGAGCGGUGUAAAAACGUUCUGUUGCACACCUUAUGGUUUGGCAGAGGAAAACCACGGGUUCAGAGUUUUUUGACCCCGUUCAUCAACGAGCUUCAGAAACUAUCUACCGCAGGGUUUUGUUGGAAAGACGAGAACGGCUCCGAGCAUCGCAACACAGUAACAGCUAAAAUAUGCACGUGUGAUGCAGUAGCAAGGGCGAUGGUGCAGAACUUUGAACCGUUUAACAAAGAAUUUGGUUGUGGUUUUUGCUACCACAAAGGGGAGAUGGUUGUAAAGGGCAGGGGUUUUACCAGAGUUUACCCGAUUCAGAUGGAUGGGUGUGACCUGAGACACAUGCCUGAAACGGUGCAACUCGCUGAGAGUCACCCCCUGCUGGCCAUUGUGAAGCUUUAA